AAAAGGAUGAGAGAACAAUUAUAGAAGUUGUGCCGUGAAAGAGCUAAACACAGAGGAAAGUUCGCUGUGAGUGGAGAGCAAUUACGCAGUUGACAAAACCAUCGAUCGGGUUUUGCAAAACUCCGGCGACGGGAGUCGAUCGUGUUCGUAAUCGCAGCCACAUAUGGAUAUGCCGGAGCUUUGGGCAAUCUUCGGGCCGGGCUUCGCCGGCGCUGUGUUCGGCGCCGGGUGGUGGUUCUGGGUCGACGCCGUCGUUUGCAGCUCCGUCACGGUCUCAUUCGUUCACUACCUCCCAGGUAUUUUUGCUUCUUUGGCGGCUUUGAUGUUCAAUUGUGUGAAGAAGGACGACAUUGAUUACUCUCCUUACGAAGAGGGCGAGUGGAGGUUGAAGCUUUGGCUGUUCAUUGCUUAUGUUGUUUCCUUUGUAUCGUUGGCGGCAUCAGUGGGUUUGCUAAUACAAGAUUCACUUGAGACGACUGGCCCUUCAGUGUGGACAGGAACUGCUGGUGUAUUGCAAGCCGUUUUCGUGUUGGUCAGUGGACUUAUAUAUUGGACUGCUCACUCGCAGUAAGUAGGGACUCUGACAAGUAUUUUUCCAUGGGAAUGUGAAUUUCACAACUGAGGGAAUAGCAUGACUGCAUGUAUCAUUUUACUCCUUCUAUCAGUUGGACCAAGAACAAAUGUAGUCAAUAGGGUUCAAUUUCAAAUUCAAUAGAUGAUAUGAAAGGUAUUUUUCAGUUUUUGUAAAUGUAUAUUGUGCUAACUAUCUGUUUCUCAAUUUGUGAAACUGAGGCAAUGCCUUUUUAAAAUGUGAGUUCGUAUAUGUUACUUCCA